AUGGAUAUUCAAACCUUGUUAAACAACCUUCAUGAAGAAGUAUCAUGUUCUGUGUGUAUGUGCAAGUACAACGAUCCAAAACAGUUACCGUGUUUGCAUAAUUUUUGCCUUCAUUGUCUGACUGGGAUUCAACGCACGAGUGGCAGACGAGAUAAAAUUGCGUGCCCGGAGUGUAGACAAGAAUUCAAUGUCCCUGAUAACGGAAACCUAGCAGCUUUGUCAACGAACGUUCGUAUAAACUGCUUGCUCGAUGUAUUAGCUAUAACGGAGUGCAGCACCACUGGAGUUAAGUGUGGACAUUGUGACAAACGAAGCAAAGAAAGCCAUUUUUGUUUCCAGUGUUGUGCCUUCUGGUGCGGAGAGUGUAUCACUUUCCACGAUGGGAUGAAAGCCAAUAAAGAUCGCUCUGCCCUGGCAUUGGAAGACUUUCAAGAUCAUGACUUUGAGAACAUUUUAAAGCGGCCAACAUUUUGUGUGAUACCGGGCCACGUGAAAAAAGAAAUAGAAUUCUUCAGCAAUAUCUGCGAAGUCGCAAUCUGCCACGCUUGCCAUGGGCGUUAACGAAUCAUGAUGGGCACGAAAAGAUUCUUCUGGAACAAGCUGCAAAUGAGCGGAAGUUAAGAGUUAAAUUAGCAAUUGAAUCUCAGAGAAAAAGAGCUCAAAUAAAGAGAAGCAAAAUUACCAAACUUGAAGCCUUCGUGAAGUUCAAGAACGAGCCGCUAGGGUGAAGAGAAAUGUACAAGAGUUCGCUGACAGCAUCACUGCAGUCAUUGAAGCAAAGAAACUGGAGAUCUUUGAUGAUGUGGAACGAAGGACAAAAGCAUCUCUUCAAGAAAUUGGAAAGCAAAAGGAGGAGACUGAAGAGCAAGCUAAACGACAUGAAUUAGAAAUAGAAGAUAGUGAAACACUUUUAAAGCGAACCACAAGCGCACAACUCAUGCAGCCGAACGAGCUGAUGGACGAAAUAUUAAAGGAAGAAAAUAACCAAGAAGACAGAGACUGUGAUGACGAGUUUUUCCAAGUUUUUUAUUUUGUGAAGGAUCAAAAGGUAUUUGAUCUCGUAAGGGCUGAACAAAUUGGUUCCCUCAAAGAUUACCUUACCCAAACAAGAGUACAGCAAUCGAGUGUUUAUGGAAAAAGGAUAAAUGAAGCGACUGCUGUACUUAAGGCACAGUUUGUUGUGCCAACAAGAAACAAGGAAUGCCAACCGUGUUAUGAUAAUAAUGACUGUGUCACACUGGAAGUGUGACACAGUUCGAGUCCAAGAUAACAAAGAUGGUACUUACAAAAUCAAAUACUUUGCCAAAGAAACAGGAACAUGCAGUGCAUCAGUGAAGGUCAAUGGAGAACAUAUUCGUGGCAGCCCUUUUGAGGUUCAAGUCAAACCCAGACGGUUCAGACCUGUGUUAUCUUUUGGAGAACAAAUAUUGAAGAAGCCUUGGGGGGUAGCAGUAAAUGAACAAGAUGAAAUUGCAGUGAGUAACGUUAGUAACCAUACGAUUCACUUAUUCAAGAACGAUGGAACUCUUAAAAAAUGUUUUGGUCAACAGGGUGCUAAACACGGUGAGUUUAACUGGCCCUGUGGA